ACAGCCCGCAACCCCGCCCACUCCCAGCAUCAGUAACACUAGGCUAGGAACACGGGGGCGCGCACGGCGCUCUGCCGGCGUCUGAAUGAGAGAGAACAGAAACGGACGGAGAACAACGGCCCGAAGCUCCGGGAAGCGGCGUCCACACCGGGAGGGAAGGAGGCUGGAGCGGUUCUGUGCAGUAUGAAAAUGAGGCUUUUACUUCCAUGGAGAUGAGAUGAUCAAAGUUUUGUGCUCACUUCGUAGAGGGAGCAAGCACUAAUGGUGCCAGAAGAAUGGACCUAAUGAACGGCCAGUUGAGCAACACUGCUCUCACCGCGAACGCUUCAGAGAAAAGCAGCAGCUCAGAAUCACUGAGCGACAAAGACUCCGCUGCCCUGAAGAAAAGUUUUGACGCUGUUGUGUUUGAUGUCCUCAUGGUCACUCCGGAGGAAUAUGCUGGUCAGAUAACACUAAUGGAUAUGCCGGUUUUUAAAGCCAUUCAGCCGGAGGAAUUAUCAAGCUGUGGGUGGAAUAAGAAGGAAAAGUACAGUUCUGCACCCAAUGCUGUGGCCUUCACAAGACGAUUUAACCAAGUGAGCUUUUGGGUUGUGAGAGAGAUUCUUCAUGCACAAACACUAAAGAUUCGUGCAGAGGUCUUGAGCCAUUAUAUAAAAACUGCGAAGAAACUUUAUGAGCUGAACAACCUGCAUGCAUUAAUGGCUGUGGUGUCCGGGUUACAAAGUGCUCCGAUCUUCCGACUUACCAAGACCUGGGCACUACUGAGUCGGAAAGACAAGACAACCUUUGAGAAACUGGAGUACGUAGUCAGUAAAGAAGAUAAUUACAAGCGGCUCAGAGACUACAUCAGUAGCCUGAAGAUGACUCCUUGUAUCCCCUACUUGGGUAUUUACCUCUCGGACCUCACAUACAUAGAUUCUGCAUAUCCAUCUACUGGCAGUAUCCUGGAGAGCGAACAGCGGUCGAAUCUAAUGAAUAACAUCCUGAGGAUUAUCUCUGACCUGCAGCAGUCCUGUGAAUAUGACAUCCCUUUGUUGCCGCAUGUUCAGAAAUACCUGAACUCCGUGCGCUAUAUUGAGGAGCUUCAGAAAUUUGUAGAAGACGAUAAUUAUAAGUUAUCUUUAAAGAUCGAACCUGGGACCAGCACUCCCCGUAGUGCAGCAUCUCGGGAGGAUUUAGUAGGUCCUGAAGUAGGAGCGUCACCUCAAAGCUCCCGCAAAAGUAUUCCAGUGGAAGGAGUGCUGCUGCCCCCGACACCACCAUCUCCUCGAAAUCUUAUUCCUCAUGGUCACCGCAAAUGCCACAGUUUGGGUUAUAACUUUAUACAUAAAAUGAACACAGCUGAAUUUAAAAGUGCAACAUUUCCAAAUGCUGGGCCGCGCCACCUUUUAGACGACAGUGUUAUGGAACCACAUACACCAUCAAGAGGGCAGGCGGAAAGCUCCACCCUUUCUAGUGGGAUAUCCAUAGGUAGGUGGAGCAGUGAUGGUUCUGAGCUCAGUGAAGACAUGUCAUGGCCAGCAUUUGAAAGGAACAGGUUGUACCAUUCUCUGGGGCCAAUGACAAGAGGGGCAUGGAAUGGCUACCGGGGCCAAAUGAAGGCCAGCAGGAGACCACACGCGCUGCUCCCUAUGCGCAAACUCAGGAUUUCAUCCUUUACGAGGAGCUGCGUUCAGCUGCGCAGUUCCAGCUCUGCAGAUUCAACGGAACUGGCGGUUCAUCUGUAUCCUGGCGCAGUCACGAUACAGGGGGUCCUACGGAGGAAGACGUUAUUAAAAGAAGGCAAAAAGCCAACAGUUGCGUCCUGGACCAAGUACUGGGCAGUAUUGUGCGGCACGCAGCUUUUCUACUAUGCAGCAAAGUCCUUAAAAGCCACAGAGAGGAAACAUUUCAAGUCCACAUCAACAAAAAACAUCUCUGUAGUGGGCUGGAUGGUUGUGAUGGCCGAUGACGCUGAGCAUCCGGACAUUUUUCUACUAACAGACUCUGAGAAGGGAAACUCUUACAAAUUCCAGGCAGGAAACCGUGUGAACGCCAUGUUGUGGUUCAAGCAUCUAAGUGCAGCCUGCCAAAGUAACAGGCAACAGGUGCCUGCCAAUCUGAUGACAUUCGAGUGAUCCUCCCAGUGUUUUACCUGAGUCUCGUCUUAUUGUGCGUCAGACAUGAGGGGAAAGUGAUUGAUGAGCUUGGACAUUUUGACGCUUCCCUUACUUGUCUACGGGCAGCAGCACCUUAAAGCAAUGAACAAAACCGAUCCCGUUUUUAGCACUGACAGCAAAGGGAUAGGAGAACAUUACUCUUUGCAGCACCAUGUCCGUUAAUGCCCCUGCGCGGGUUAAGGCGCACUCCUGCAGUUGUGGACAGGAUCAGCCAUGGACCUCAUAUUGAGAUAGUCUAUGUACAUAUAUUUAGUUUUUGGUUUUUUUUGUUCUUGUUCACGGAAAUAAUCUGUGCAAACCACUGCCUUAAAGAUAAACUUAAAAAAAAAAAAUGUGAGUGUUGAAAUGUAACACCAAAUAGUGUGCACAUGCGAGUCCGAGCGGAUUCACAGGAGUGUAUUUCACUGUAGUCCUUUGUGACUGGUUUUGUUUAACUUUUAUCAAUUGUCAAACUCACUGGUUAUGGGGGAGAAGACGUUGGACCUUUUUUUGGGUUGUUUCUGUAUAUUUUAUCCUGUACAUAUGGACACAUUGGGGUUUUCUAUUAGAAAACUAGGUUAUUAAAAGACAGCCUGUAGAAAGGACAGUGUUACUGUAGGGGUUAGGGGUUAGUCUAUUGUUUAGCCAGCGUUCACAGGUGUUGGUGAAGGGGUGUUGCUCAUAUAACAUAGGUCAGUUCGGAUGGGCAGAGGUUCCCUUUUGGCUCUGUCCACCUUUAAGAUGAACUUUUAGAGAGGUUUAGAUAUUGUGCUGCACCCUUAUCUGGGGGAACCUGCGUCCUUUAUGUAGAGUGGUUGUACUAGACUGUGCUUAAGAUACGACCAAGUCCUGCAAAGCCAGCAGUAUUAUUCAUUUUAAAUUAAUUUUAUGGAUUUUUUUUUUUUAUUAUUAUUUUUUUUUAUUAUUGUUCAAAAGUUAUGAUAUAUGAUAUUGUCUAUAGCAGUGUCACUAUGUAGGGGGGGGGGAAUACCUUUUGCUUCAAUCUCUUAAUUCAACUUGGCUUCCACAUAGUCCAAUAUAUCGGCUUCUGCAAACAAUUCAGUAGUGUACCUGACAGCAUUUUUCUGUGGACAGGUAUUUUAUUGGACAUUUUAUGGAUUGUUCUGUUGAAAUGAGCCUCCACACCAGUGAUCCUAAAGCUUACAUCAGUGUUUCCCAACCUGGGUGCCUCCAGCAUUUGCAAAACUACAAUUCCCAGCAUGCCCAGACAGCCGUUGGCUGUCCGGGCAUGCUGGGAGUUGUAGUUUUGCAACAGCUGGAGGCAUCCUGGUUGGGAAACACUGCCUUACAGACUAAGGAAAUGCACUCUCUGACUACCUUUUAGGUGGUUGCACACAGCAUUUUUUUGUUUAAACAACGCUGCAGGAUUUGACGUAGUUCUUCAAGCCAAAGCUAGAAGUGGAUUUAAAAAUAAUGGAAAAUAUAAAGGAAGGACAUAAUCUUCUCCUAUGGAUCCAGAAAGUCUAAAGUCCAUAUAUAUAUA